UUUGACAUAUAGUUCUGGGAUGGGAAAGAAGUGGAAUUGCUGUAGUAUAAAGUUUGAAUUACACCCACGCUGUAUUUCUGUGGGCCUAUAAAGCUCACAUUAGCAUCAGUCUGCAGGAUAUCCUAUAGUAUAACUGACCUUUCCUUUAUAAAGCUAGCCCAGUCAGUUUCUCAAGAAGUGCCACGCCCUCCAGCAGCAUCAGCACCAUGGAUGAAGAGAAGCAGAGACGCUCAGCCAGCCUCCAGCAUCUCCUGAGACCUCCAUCCAACCCGGCGGAACACGAGGGGCUCCAGAUUUCUGACGACAUGUUCGGCGGGUCGGCCAGCUCUGACGAUGCCAACUCCAGCUCCGAGCUCAGCCUCUCUGACGACAUGCUGGUAGUCACAGGUUUGGAGGAGGAGGAUUCAGAGGAGAUGGGGGAUGAGGAUGAGGACAGAGGGGAGAGUGCUGAUGAUGGAGGGUGGGCAGCCAACAUUGCUCACUUCGACCCCCCGUGCUUCAGCGACGGUGAGAAGGUGGGACCUGUCCGCGACAUCUCGCCAAACACCCAGCCAAUCGACUUCUUCCACAUGUUGGUCCCCGAAUCCCUCCUGAGCGCCAUCGUCCAGCAGACCAACCGCUACGCUCACAAGUACCAGCUGAAGAAUGGGCGUGACGAGGAGUGGAGAAACGUGGACCUGGCGGAGCUGAAGGCGUUCAUGGCCAUCUUCAUGUACACCAGCAUCGUGCACGGUAUCUUCUCAGAAGACAUCACCACCGUGUGGGAGGACAACUCCAUAACGUACAACCCUGUCAUAGCCAGCAUCAUGACCCAGCGCCGCUUCCAGCACAUCAUGCAGUACUUCCACGUGGUGUCGUCCAGCGCCCAGCAGCAGAGUGACAGUCUGCGCAAAAUCCGCCCCUUCCUCGAGGCCGUGCAGAACUCCUUCCGGAAUGAGUUCAAGACUGCCCAGACCCACGUGGUCCAUGAGCCACCCCUGGAGGAGGAACCCUCGGUCUGGUCCCCACGACUGGAGAGGAAACGACGCAAGAAGAAACGCUUCAACCUGUUUGUACGGCAGUGCACAGCUACAGGUUUCAUCUCACAGAUCUACAUCCAUGUCAAAGACAAGAACGACAACCAGACCCUCCACGAGAAGGGGUACUCCAUUGCCCGUGCCCUGUGCUCUGAUCUGAUUAACUCAGGGCGUAACCACAUCAUCUUCUGUGAACCACUCCACACCAGCCUGCGGCUCUUCAGAGAGCUUGAAUCACGCAACAUCUAUGGCUGCGGAGUGAUAACAGACGCAAAGCACAGUGACUGCGAUGGACUCCCAGCCAGCGUCCUUGCCAAGCCUCCAGCAUCGAUGCGUAAGUACAACAGCAUUGUCCGCACCAAGGGCAGGUAUUCCUCCAUGGUGUGGAACUCCCCACGCAUCCCGUUCAGGUUGCUGACAAACGCCUUCUCUCCAGCAGCACAAGGGAAGUUGGUGGUUAAGAAGAACCGAAGGCCUGACGAGGAACUGCCAUGUCCUGAGGCAGUGCAAGCCUACCAGAACCACAUCAAGUACAUUGACAAGUACAACGAGAAGUUCUCAUGGUACAUCAUCUCCUACAAGCCCAACAAGACGUGGCAGCAACUGUUCUGGACCGUGCUGAGUCUGGCCAUGAACAACUCCUACAUCAUGUACAAGAUGUCGCCGGCGUACGCCCACUCCCAGCUCAGCCGCAACAACUUUGGGGCCGACCUGCUCCGCGCCAUGGCCGGGCCGUACUACCAAGAGGUCCCCGCAUGGGGGGAGGACAUCAGUGACCCAGAAGACUAGCUGAGAUACCGGCACAGAACACUCAGAUACAGGGCCAUGUACCAAAUUGCUGGUUCUGUACCUGUAGAAUUAUUUAGGUACAGGUCAGGUCCUGAAUAUCUGGUGUACCUGUACCUGAAUUAAAAAAAGCAAAAUAGCUUUGUUGCAAAUUAACGCAUUCCUUAUGUUUCUAUAUGGCAGCUGUAUCUUCAUGUUUUUUCCGAAGCUUUAAUUAUGUUUCAAACACUUAUGACUUUAGGAGUGACCAAAACAUAUUACAUAAUUGUAAUUAAGGGGCUUUGGGAUUCCAUCGUUAGACAUUGCAAGGAGCCAGUUACAUGUGUUGUACUUUCAUGCCCCCAACAAUAUGAGGUUUUGUCUCCAAAUAAAGUUGCUUGGUAAUUGAAACAAUGCAAUAUAUCAAGGAUAUAAAUAAAUUACCAUUUAACAUUUACUCUAACAUUAAUGUUGGUAAUCCUGUCAUUGCAAUGUUUGCAUACAAUUACAUGUUAGUAUGACAGUAGUGUUCAAAUUAUAUUUUUGCAGAUAGCAUCCAUAUAUUGUAGUAUCGUAGAGGCAUUAUUUUUGUAAACCCAUAAACUACGUAUAUUCAGUAUAUACUUCAGUGCAAGUUUUUCUUCUUUGGGAUUUCAGUCUCAGGAAACUUUUCAGGGCUGGAAAUCUCACCUGCAUAUGCAGGUUAGUGCAGGUACAAUUGGAGCUGUGCAGGUAUUUCUCAUGUCUACCUAACUUGCACUGACCCAUGUACUGGAUAUUCAGUUGUAUUGUGAUUGACCUUGAUAAAUUCUCCAUUUCCAGCAUGGUGUAGAUAUGAGUUGUCUGGUGCAGGUAAUUCUCAAUGUUACCUGCACCAGUGGAUGUAUGCAGAUCAAGUCUUGCUGUUACAAAUAGUCAUCCAUUGUUGUCUGCUACUAGGUCUUCCAGACUAUACAGGUGAUAUUCAAUGUUGUAGGAAACUUCAGUCUUUAGAGGUUUUUGAGAGGUGGGUGUCUAGAGAGAAAGCAAUGUUUGUUACAUACACAUGUCCUGUCCUGUCUGAUGCUAGAGGUGUAUGUCUCACCUUGUUUGACAUCACAGAAGGUAAAACAUGUCAGUGGUCUUGUACUCAAACAAUGAAUCUAAUAGAGUGUACUAUGUCACCUGUUCAACAUCUAGUGGUGGUGUUAGAUAUUCAUGUUCAUGUAGGAGAUGACGUAUACAAACACAUUUACCUGAGGAGUACACUUGUCUAUAGUGACGUACCACUCAACGGACUUGAAGGAAAUGGUCACAGUGGACAGGUGGCCACUAUUGACAAGGUUUUUCAACAUGCUUGGGUCACUAGAGACCAGCCAAAAAUGGCCAGCUGGUCCUAAUGCAGAGAGUCAGGUGGUUACUAGUGCAGGUUGGACUGAAUGUGCACUAGAGAAGAUCAUUAUAUCAGGACAGCCUCUUGCCACAUUGUCCAUGAAACUAUAAAAUGAAUAGACUAUGUCGUAGGUAUGUUUACAAGAAUUUGUAGAACGAGCAUCACCAGAUUGGAAAAUGGGAACUUCAGGUACCACGCCUUGUGUGUCAAUGUUUUGAAUAGCACUUCUUUGAAUCUUAGCAUCAGAAUAACUUGGUGAAAUGGUUCAAUGUCAUUGUUCAUAGCAAAUGUUGUAGGAAGUAACAAAAAACACUGUUCUGAAUGAUAUACAGUACUGUGUUCACUAACUGGUGCUAGAAUUGUCAGAAACUGAAAAGGUAGAAACCCAGGCAUGUAGGUGCCAGGUGUCAAACUCAAGUACUGCUUUAACAGACCCCCUUUCCACCAGACGGCGAUCACUGAGCGACCGUACAGCAAAAUUGGGUUUGUGUAACUUUGACAUGAUUAGAAGUAUGAUUUAAAAGACGACAUAAUGCAGAAAACGUAAAAAAAAACUUUGUCAAAGAGCUUCUGUCAAAUAUUUGGUCUCUCGGUGUUGACGGCCUCUAGUGGAAAGGGGUUGUCUCUGGAAACAGGAAAAAUGCAGUGUCUAGGAAUGCAGAAAUGUAUUCGCUCAACCUCCUUGCUGAAAGUGAGCAAUUGUAUUGCAGAUCUCGAGGCAGAAGGUUUCAUGGUUAAAUUAAGACGUGGUGACAACACAGUAUCUCCACUGUCUCAAACAUCUGAAAUUCCUAAAAUUCAGGUUCUGCCGACGAAAGGAAUAAAAAUACAUGUACAACUGUUGCAUUCAAAUGCUUCACAAUCGUAUCAGUGAUAUUUUUGUAUUAAACAACCGUAUGUUCCGACACUCCCUAAUCCACCCCUACGUCCCUGAAUGUUUGGAACGUAGAGGUGUCCAAACAUAUGGGCGUUGGGGCGGUUGGAACAUAGAGCCGUCAGCUACAGUAGUUAGGUACUAGUAUGUAGAUGCAUCUGCAUACUUUUCCAACGUUUGAACGCUAUACUACAAUGAAACUGGGAAUAGGAAAUGAUAUUUCAAAAACGAAUGGGCAUUUGAAUUUGGAAAAUGACAUGACGAUUUCCUCGUUAAUGGUUUGUGCUCGGUGUGUUUGAAUAUGGAGGUGGAAAAAGCACAUUUCUACCUCCAUGGUUUGAGAGAGCAUACAUUGGUGACGAUAUUCACAACAGCGCCUUAUUACCGUAUCUAAUCUUUAAAUCCCAUAUUACGCGUAUUCACUAGCUGGAUCGAUGCAAAACGAAUCUUUAGAGCGAGCUAUGGGGCAUGGUAGACAAGAUUUUAGGUAAGUCACAG